CAUCAAAAAAAUAUCUAAAACCAAAUAAACGGGGGGAAAUGGCGCUAAAUCUGCACCCAUCCUCGUCUUCCCUACCAAUCGCCGCCGUUAAACCCCAUCUCCUCCUCCACCCGAAACCCACCAAAUUCAUCACCAGAGCCCAGCAAGAUCCAUCCACAAAAGAACUCACUUCGGGCUCGGGCUCGGGCCCUUUCGCGAAGAAGCCCGGGGGUUCACCACCAGGCUUGGGAUUCGGCUCGCCGGCGGCAGCUCAGUCCAAUAAAAAGCAGCCCAAGGGGAAGAGGGAGCGAGACUCUAUCAUCCGGCGUGAGCCGGUCGAGAAACCCAAUUUCUCCACGCCCCAGCCGGCGGCUCGAGCGGAGGAUCUGAGAAAGAGUGAGAACUCUUUUCUGCUCGCUUGGUUGGGGCUCGGCGGGGUUAUUCUUCUUGAGGGCAUUGCUCUUGCUGCUUCAGGUUUUCUUCCAGAGGCAUGGGACAAUUUCUUUGUCAAGUACCUAUACCCAUCUUUCACUCCAACUGUCAUCUUGUUUGUUGCUGGCACAGUUGCCUAUGGAGUUUUAAAGUACUUGCAGAAUGAAAAUUAUAAUAAGGAAAACUAAAACUAGGCAUGCAAUGGUAAGACAAUUUUAUCUGAUCACAAGUGGUGGAUAUAUAGAUUAUACCUUUGCUUACACAGUUACACUAUAACUUGUUUUUGAGUUGGCUUUGUCUUGUAUUGUGAAUUCUCUUCGGAAUGAAAAUAUAUUUGUGACCAAGUUUCUUUCUUCUACUCUGGAUUGUUCAUACUGUUUAUUCAUUAGCUUUUGAAUCAGUUACUAUUGUCGAAGAGAGUAUAGCAGACUCGUUUUUUUUUUUUUAACUUGCUAUAGUGAUCUCUAUUGGUUGUUACUUGGAUUCUAAUGCUUUUAUUUGGGGUAGCGAGGUUUUGUAAUUUACAGGAAUGGAAUGUGAUUUUCUCGCUCGAUGGAAAUACAAAUAGUUGUUGUCG